GGAUAGACAGUGUUGAAAACAGCCCAGGGCGACACUGAGUCUCUCAGUAGCCCGGGAUCAGCAGACUUCUAUGGGAUGAUUUGACAACAGAGACUCCAUCGGUUGGAUUUAUUUAUUUUUUAAACAAUAACUUACUGUCAUAUGUAGUUGCUGAAUAUAAAGGCAACUUAAAGAGCACUGCCGAAAUCUUUUUUUUUUUAGUUAAAUGCUAAGCGCGUUAGCAGUUUAUGAUUAACGAGAUAACCCUUUGCUUUUGUGAAAAAGUUCGCCUUUUUUUCCCAGCUGACUGAUACAAACGUCGUCCUGUCGUGGCGAACCAUAUGAUAGCAUUUCAUUUGCGUAAAAAGUAAAAAAAAGAAGAAGUAAAAAUUAAAUGCGGAGAUACAAUGACGUCGUUGCGGUUUGAUCGAGCAGCGUAUGCUGGGGAGCAGCACUUUUGACGGUCGGCUGUCAACGAGCUCGCUUGCCUUAGGUGAACGCUGGCUAGGCGGCUAGCCGUGUGUCUCCGUUUCUAUGGCCAAAAUAGAAAACGGCCGCGAGUCCGUGGACACCCGGAGUAUCCGAACCGUCAGCAGCAGCCACAUAGACGACGAGAGCUCCCUGGGCUCCGACUCCGAGAUCAACGGCUUCACCAGCGAUAGACGAACGGACAAAUAUGGAUUCAUCGGCGGAGCUCAGCAGUACACGGAGGAGUCAGCUCAGGACGUCCCUCCGGCCGUGCUCAGACAGAGGGAGCUCAAAUGGCUGGACAUGCUCACCCACUGGGACAGGUGGAUAAUCAAGAGAUUCGACAAGGUUAGCGGCACGCUAACAGACGGCGGUUUGAUACCGCGUCACAGCAGUUAGCAUAGUUUGAUGUAGCAGAUAUGCCCCCUCCGCAGUCCUGACCCGGUGCUGUUGGGGCAGGAAUAGACAAGAUAACUGGUAUUUAUCAAGCUAUCGCUUGCACGACUACGAGACGGCGGCGAAGACGCUGCGUUUAUUAUGGCCGCUUACUCGUCAAACUAGUUCAGCCCUGAUUUUUUUUC